UUCAAUCUUAAAAAAAAGGUUAAGAACAAGGCGCAUGUUGAGGCGUCAAUAUGUGAGGCGUAUAUUGUUGAGGAGAUCUCAACAUUUAUCUCAUACUAUUUCGAACCUCAUUUGAGAACGAGGAUAAACCGUGUUCCACGGCAUGAUGAUGGUGGUGAAGUGCAUUCAAGUGGGAACUUGUCAAUAUUCUCCAAUCCUGGACGACCCACACCUAAAAAUGUCGUGAGGGGAAGAUAUUUGUCUGAAAUAGAGUUCAGACAAGCACACAAUUAUGUCCUAUUUAACUGUGAUGAGCUGAGACCUUUUAUUAAGCAACAUCGACGAUACUUACUGUCCAAUAACUCACAGCUGACCGAAUCCCAGAUCUUUCAAUUACAAGAUGAACAAUUUGCCACAUGGUUUAGAACACAUGUUUAUCAAAUGGGAGGUAGUGCUGCUAUUUCACUGUCUUUACUAUGUCUGGGCCCUGAAAGAAAAGUCAAGUGCUAUAAUGGAUAUUUUGUCAAUGGAUAUGUCUUUCAUACUGAAGAAUACGGGCAUGGAAGAAAGACAUACAAUAGCGGUGUUUGUAUUAAGGGAUCGACUUCUAGUGAGUUUGAAGUUGACUACUACGGUAGAUUGGAAGAGGUCAUCGAACUGCAAUAUCAUAACGAGCAAAAUAGAGUGUUUUUAUUCAAAUGCUAUUGGUAUGACACAACUGACAGAGGAAUCAGAGUAGAUCCUCACUAUGGUCUCGUUGAAAUCAAUUCAAAAGCUAGACACCGCAACGUAAACGACGUCUUUGUUUUCGCAAAGCAAUGCCAACAAGUUUAUUACACAUACACCCCUUCCUUUAGAAAGGACCGAUCAAGAGUUGAUUGGUUAUCCGUUUUAAAAACAAAACCCAAGGGUCGUGUCGAGGUUGUUCAGGAUGAGAACGAAGACACAAGUGUGACAGAUGAAGUCUUUCAAGCUAGUGAGUUGGUUGAACCAUACCGAGUUGCUCCGUCGAUUGACUUAGAAGAAAAUUUGAAUUUUCGUGUUUUCAACAAUAGUCUUGUUGAUGUUGAUGCAGAGGAAUUGAAUUAUGGCAUGACUGCGGCUGCUCCUCCUCCUGGUGUUGUUGCUGCUGCUGGGAUGGAGGAGAAAAUGAGGUCGGUCUGGGGCUCCGUUGACAGAGAAGGCUGUUUCGGGUGCAGGGAAGAAAUGGCCGAGAGAGGGGAAUGGCCAGGAGGGGGACUGUUUUUGGGUGCUCUCUCUCUUUCUCGUUCCAAAAACACGCCUCCCCUUUUAGUUUUCCAGCCCCCUCCCAGCAAGUGGGUGUGGCUUUUGCUGUUGCGCAUGGGAGCGGGUCUCGCGGCGGCUGGUCGGCCAUUGGGUGCUACUGUCGAGGGCAUGACUGCGGCUGCUCCUCCUCCUGGUGUUGUUGCUGCUGCUGGGAUGGAGGAGAAAAUGAGAGCAAGUGGGUGUGGCUUUUGCUGUUGCGCAUGGGAGCGGGUCUCGCGGCGGCUGGUCGGCCAUUGGGUGCUACUGUCGAGGUUCGGCUCCAACGGCAUGGAGCGCGGCGGGUAG